GAAAUCCAUGGACUCCGACGUCAAAGCUGUUCGCCAGGACGCUCUGAGACCGACGGCGAGAUAAGUUGAGAGAAAAGUACGGGCGACGGCAAAACAGUCGGAUUGCGCCAGUAUCGUGAAACGUCUCCUCAUACGAGCGAGUUAGUGAGUGCAUAACGUCAGUAUUAGUUCAGUAUCAAUAGUGAGUCCGCGGCGUUCGCACCGCUGAGGGUUAUCAUGCCAACGUGUGUCGUGACGACGGUGCUAAUGCCGAGGUGCCAUGUGCAUCGGGGCAGCCUCGCCAGUGACAGACAGUGACAGUGAGCGACAGUGCGACACUAUGUCCCAGUCAUGGUGAAGACGCUGUUACUGGGACUGCUAGCUGCUACAAUUUGUGGUUUCGUGAACGCCUCGCCAAUCGCCGCUGAUCUUCGCAACCCCAAAAAACUACCCCCUCGCCAAGACUUGGAAGACCCAGAAACUGAAGCACCACCGCUCGACGAUCCGGCAGCACGCAGCGAACGAAGCACCAAUCUUUCUAACAUCACCGGUGGGAAACUCAAAAUGUUCAUAAAAAACCGACACCUGCAAAUACUUCCCGACGGCACCGUCAACGGGACCACCGACGACACCAGCGCUUACUCUAUAUUGCAGAGGACGGCAGUUGGAAUUGGUCAAAUGAAAAUUCAAGGAGUUGCUACCUGUCAGUAUUUAUGCAUGGCCAAGUGUGGAUUGCUCUAUGGAUCGAGGGACUUCGGCGACGAGUGCGUCUUCAACGAAACCAUCGAGCAAUCACACUACAAUACGUAUUCAUCUAGUAAAUACUCGAACGCACAUCGAACCUUCUACUUGGCCCUGAAUCAACGAGGGCAAUCGAGGAAAGUUGUCCUUCGAGCUCAGAAGCAUCUGGGAAGGCUCGCCUCAUACAUCCUCGUGCUUACUCGGCCGGUCUCGGCCGAGCUCCAGCUCCACCCCAUGCGACAUCACGCGCACUCCUGCCCUCUACCGGCUGCCCACCAAACCCCAAAAAUCCACCCGCAUCAGCAGCUCUGUCCGAAGAAGAGGAAGCGCAAGAAGAGGAAACGAAAAUGCACUAGUGUCGAAAACGAAUCCGAAUCAUGUCAAAAAAGACAAAAUGUUCCGAAGCACAAGGCGCAAAACCGAAAUAAUCAUAAGUGCGAUGACGAUAAAACCAGUGAAAUGUGCCAAAGAGACCUACAUAAUAAAAAGAAACAAAAGUUUAACAUUAGUGACAAAUUAUUAGUGAGUGAUCCGAAAAAGAAAAGAAAAAACAAAAAGGGCGUCAAGAAAAGACUGAACCAGUUCGAAUCAGAGACGACCACCACCACAACGGUCCCCACAUCCACUACCUUGGAGUACACCACUCCCGAUGAAGACUACGGUGUGGACCUAUCCACGCAUGCGGACUGGGAAGAUUCCACCGCACUGCCUGACGUGCAUAUGGCCGUUUCUGAUGCUAUGCACACGGUUCCCCCCCUCGUAGAUUCUGACUGACUCUCAUUUUUCUUUUUAUUUAUUCUCUUAUUUAUUGUAUGUAAAUGUAAAUAAUUAUCUAAAAGGCAAUAUACCUCACCACUUAUAGAGAGUUCCUUAUUUCCGCGCCUGAAAACUGCAUAAAGAUUCAUAAAUUUUCAAA